AACCAGUGUCAGUUUUUUUUCAGUCGUGUGAUAUGCUCAAGGUGUGACUUUAGCGUGUAUUUUAGUUGCAUCGAGAUUAAUAAAUGAAAUAAACUGAUGGUGGCGAAUUUGUGAAAAUUUUCUCCUCAGCGUUUGAUGGAUCCUUCCAUAUCUUGGCUACAACCAGAGCAAGAAGGACCUGCAAAGCAAUUGUGGCUUCGUAGUUGGCAGACUACUCAAGAAUCCUAUAAGAUGAAUUUAAAAGAAGGCGACAGUGAAAUAGAAAACAUCACGAAUGGGUACACAACCCACGGGAAUCACAAAUUAGGACUCAUGAACGGAAAAACUGAUAAAAGUGCCACUCUUUCUAGAAGGCGGAAAGAUAGCAGACCCGCCAGUAGAAUCGUACAUCGGAAAUUAAGUAGUGAUUACGGAGGGUGUCCAUGGAGGCCGCACAAAUUUCCCUAUCAAAAGGGCGUUAUGGGCCUACAUCAAGAGAUAGAACACUUUUAUCAUUACAUGAGUCCUACUCAAGCCGAAGAUAAAAUCCGGGCAGAAGUGGUAGCUCGCAUCGAAAAAAUUAUCACGUCUAAAUGGAGUGAAGCGAAAGUAGAAGUUUUUGGGUCGUAUAGAACAGGUCUCUAUUUACCUACCAGUGAUAUUGAUCUCGUAGUUAUAGGUAAAUGGCCGAAUCUUCCUUUGAGGACGUUGGAACAGGAAUUUCUAGAGAAGGAUAUCGCCGAUCAGGACAGUAUAAAAGUAUUGGACAAGGCGUCAGUGCCCAUAGUAAAACUAACCGACAAAAAAACGGACAUCAAAGUGGACAUUUCAUUUAACAUGAGCAACGGUGUUAAAUCAGCCGAACUAAUAAAAACGUUUAUAGAAAAAUUUCCAGUUUUACCGAAAUUAGUAUACGUUUUAAAACAAUUCCUUUUAGAAAGAGACUUGAACGAAGUUUUUACGGGUGGCAUAUCGAGUUAUAGCUUAAUAUUAAUGUGCAUAAGUUUUCUACAACUACAUCCUAUACAGGAUACGGCUCGGAAUAGUAGUGCUAAUUUGGGGGUGUUACUUAUAGAAUUUUUCGAACUCUACGGUAGGAAAUUUAAUUACGUUAAAACUGGUAUACGUAUAAGAGACGGUGGUAAAUAUUUAGAUAAGGACGAUAUGCAAAAAGAAAUGGUCGACGGUCAUAGACCUAGUAUGCUAUGUAUAGAAGAUCCCCUACAACCCUCCAACGAUAUCGGUAGAAGUAGCUAUGGUGUUCUACAGGUAAAAAGAGCAUUCGAAUACGCUUACAUAGUUCUUACGAAUGUAGUUCAUCCGUUUACCAUUUACAACAAUUGCGCCCAUCAAUCUAUACUCGGUAGGAUAAUUAGAGUUAGGGAAAAUGUGAUAAGACAAAGGCAGAUGGUGGAAGAUAAUCUUCGGAUGAGACCAUCUCGUUCUUCGAGCGUUGGAUCUACCGGAUCGAGUACCGAAGAAAGUGCAGUCAGUUCAGAAGGUUCGGACGUACCAUCCAGGGACAAUUCGCCCAAUAUUAAUUACACUCCAUCCCGUCAGAGCGCGCCUAAAUCGAGGAGCGUCGGGUAUAGGAAUAAAGGGGGCUACAGGAAUAAUCACAACGGCAACAAUCACGUUACCAAUCAGAAUACUUUCCACAAUAGCACCAUGAAACGUAAAAAACCCAUGAAGCAAUAACGAUGAUGGGUAUAUGUAGGUUGAAACUUUAUAUUUUCGGUUGAUUCGUUGUUAUAAUAAGACCAUCGGGUGGGUUAUUUUUGUUUUCUAUGUAUACCCGGUGUUUUGACGAAAAUUUGACGAUUUUUUUGGUAGGAUUCCAUUAUGUUUGUGGGAGUGGUCAUCAAAAAAUACAAAACGAUGAAAAAUUCGACAUGUUUGGAUACUUGAUGUAAAUUUUAUUCAAUUAUUCAAAAUUUUGUUCUGUAAACUACUUCGAUUUUUGUCUCUUUUUCUUUAUAAUGUUUGAGUUAUACAAAAUUAUUCUUUUUGUUUGUUGAAAUGUUGAUAAAUUGGUAUUUGUAUUUUUUUUCCUAGUGUAUUAUGUGAGAUUAAUUUUUUUGUUGUCCAAAAAUUGAUAAUUCCAUCUACUGAGCUUGUUUUUUUAUGAUUAUUAAACUUAUAUUCGUUUUAGAAGUGGGGCAAUAUUAAAAACUAUAUUUUUCUUGUAAAUAGAUGCUUCGACACUGAAAUUGACAAAAGUGUUGUACACAGAUUGAUCUACAACAAGCUUUGUGAUCUUUUUGACAGUUAUUUAAAGAAAUUUUUUAAAAUUUUCCAGUAAAUUUUCAACAGAAUUGAGAUUUUAACGAACUCGUUCAAAAAAGUUGUCAAAAUAACUUAAAAACCAUCAAAAUUAUGGAUUAAAGUGUUCGUUUUAUUUUUCAAAUGACAUAUUUGAUUAUAAUUGACUCGAAAAAUAUUUCAAAACACAGUGGAAAGAUACUGAUUCGUCAUUAUAUCACUAAUUACUAAAUUCAACAAAAGAUUUUUUCUUAGUGUAUUGUAAUAAUGGAUAAAAUCGAAAAUUUUCUCUGCGGGGUUGGUUUUUGUGGAUAUUUCAUAAGGGGGGCAACAGUACAAACAAUCUUUUUCUCAAAAAAAGUCAAAAAUCGAACAAAACAUGAACAAGCUUUGAAUUAUUACAAACUUUGUGAUUUCUGAUAGACAUUUAUCGAAAUUUUUCAAUAAAAUUUCAACAGUAAUGAGCUUGUUCCAAAAAUGGUCGAAAAAACUGAAAAAAAAAUGUUCCAAGUAUUUGAAAAUGUAGUGGAAAGAUCUUAAUUCGUCAUUAUUUCACUAGUAUGCUAUUUAAUAGAAGUUUAUAGGUUUUUUCUUAGUGUAUUUUGAAGAAAUAGUUUGAAAAAUUGAAAAUUUUCUUAGCAGAGAUACUUUUUUCUGAUUUUUGUAACAUUUAUGAACGUUUUAGGAGUGGGGAAACAGUGCAAACUUAAUUUUUCUCAGAACCAGGUGUUUUAACAGUAAAAUUGACACAAAUUUAAAUACGGGCUGAAUUAUGGCAAGCGUUGUGAUCUUUCCGACAAACAUUAAUUCAAAUUUUUCAAAAUUUUCCAAUAAAAUUUCAACAGAAUUGGGAUUUUAACGAACUUGUUCCAAAAAUGUUCAAAAUAUAUAAAAAACAGUACAAACUAUGGACUAAAGUGAUCGUUUUAUUUUUAAAAUGACAUAUUCUAUCAGAAUUGACACAAAAAUAGUUCAAAAUAUUUGAAAAAAUAAUAGUAGGAAGAACUAGAUUAAUCUUUUAUUUUCAAAAAUAGUUUUUACUUCCAUUCUUUUGUUAUAUAACAUAAAUUCGUAGUUUUUUUUCUUAGUGUAUCGUAAAGAAUUAGUUUUUUAAUAUAUCAAACAUGAAAAUUUUUCUCAGCACAGAAACUUUUCCAUUUUUUCUGAUUUUUGUAACAUUUAUGAACGUCGUAGAAUUGGGGCAACGGUGCAAACUUAAUUUUUCUUAAAAUCAGUUGUUUCGGUAGUGAAAUUAACACAAAUUUAAAUAUAGGUUGACCUAUAACAAGCGUUGUGAUCUUUUUUAUCCAAAUUUUACAAAGUUUUCCAAGAAAAUUUCAACAGAAUUUCGAUUUUAUCAAAAUUAUACCAAAAAAGGUCAAAAGGAACUUGAAUCGGUACAAACUAUUAAUCGAAGUUUCAUAUUUGAACAAAACUCACAUAAACAAACUAGAAAUUCAUAUUGUAUUGUCAAUAUUUCAGUAAUUUGUUAUUUAACACAAUUUUUUCUUAGUGUAUUGAAAGGAAUUCAUUUUUUUAUUACAACAAUUGAAAAAAAUUCUGUUUUUCUUUUUUAAAUUUAUGAACGGGGGGGAACAUUACAAACUAUUUUUUUAAUUUCAGUAGCUAAAUUAUAUCUCAAUAUAUUUGAUAAAAACUGACACAAAAAUUACUUUAAAUAUUCGAGGAAACAGAUGGAAGACAUAACUCAACCUAUAUUUAAUCAUAAGUGUGUUUCUUUUUUAAUUUUCGUCCAACAAAUACUUUAUUUUCAGUAUUUUUGAGAAAUUUACUAUGUGGGGCUCAUUUUCUCCAUUGUGUUCGAUAUUUAAUUAAAUUUAUUCAAGUGGGGAUAUAACAUAAACUUUAUUUUUCCUUUUUCGCAACAAAUUUUCUAAUAUUUUUCACAAAUUACUAAUAUUUCAACAGCUUUUGGAUUUGUUCCAACAAUUUUUUUUAAAUCAAACAUUUUUUUAUAAAAAAAAAGAGACGAAUUGAAGUUUUUAGUAAAGGGAUGCAGUUUAAAGUAAUUUAUGAAUAUCGGUUCCUUUAUGCUCUUAAUUUGAGACACGCUAUAGCUCUCACCUUGGUAAUUCUAUAGAUUAGAAUUUUUUUUUUGGAAAAAAAGGAAAUUUUCGUCCUGUAAACACUUGGUAUAUAUAUAUAUAUGUAUAUUAUAGAUAAUAUUAAUUGAAAAGAUAUGAUGGUUGCAAUAUAAUAAUUUAAAUUAUUUCGCAGUGAAUAGAGGAGAAAUGGUUAAUACCAUAAUUAUAUAUCAUAAUACGAAUAAUAUUUAUUUUGUAUCACUGUAUAUACUAUUUUUUUACGUUUACAUACUUCAUAUUCAUUUAUAUAAAAAAAUAUAUAUAUACAAUUGAAAUUUUAUUAGAUAUAUAAAAAAAAACCAAAAAAAAUUAUAAAAACAAAAAUUUAAAAAUAUUUUUUUACUUAUAAGAAUUUUAUUUAAUGGAAAAAUACGUAUUAGAAGGAAACUUCUAUUGAAUUGGGUGUUGGAGUUUGUAGGAGAAUUUUUACAAACUUUUAGGGGAAUUUGAAAAGUUUAAAAUAACGCAAAAAAAUAUCUAAAAAAAAUAAAAUUGGAAAAAACCUGACCGCCCCUUAUCUGUAAGGGAUGUAUGAUACUUGAUUUACUGUAUAUUAUUUUUAAUUUAAUAUGAGGCGUAAAUCAAGCACAAGUUUAUUUAUUUACAAUAUUAAAUUGGACGUUAAAUAAUCUAAGUGGUCUUGUAAAUAUGAACAUAUGAAAUAGGACGAUAAAAAAUCGAUUUUUUUGAUAUUAUCUUAGUUUUUUCCUUAUAAAUAUCUUGUAAUUUAAUUGUUGAUCCUUCUUCGACAUUAUAUGGUAAUGUGGACUAUUCUGAAUAAUAAAAAUUUGUUUUCCAGGCUAUAAUUUUCAUUUUUGUAUCAUCUUGAACACAAGUUCUAACAUUUUCUCAGUUUAAACCAAGUAAAUUGCAAUUUCUCCAUGAUAUAAUAUCUUCAAAUCUUUAACAUACUUCUAACUUUGUUAUUGUGGUAAAAUUUGUUAAUAUUGUGAAUGGUGAACCUUUUCUAGCCCGAAAUAUGCCUCUGUCACUUCUUUUUGAUACUUUAAUGCAGUAAUAAAGUCGAUAAAAGUAUUUGAUAUCAAAUAAAUUGAUUUUAGGAAUGAUUUGAACAUAUAAAAAUCUUCAACGUACUUCUAACUUUGUUAUUGUGGUAAAAUUUGUUAAUAUUGUGAACGGUGAACCUUUUCUAGCCCGAAAUAUGCCCCUGUCACUUCUUUUUGAUACUUUAAUGCAGUAAUAAAGUCGAUAAAAAUAUUUGAUAUCAAAUAAAUUGAUUUUAGGAAUGAUUUGAACAUAUAAAAAUCUUCAAUGUACUUCUAACUUUGUGAUUCUUGUUAAAUUUGUUAAUAUUGUGAAGGGUGAACCUUUUCUAGCCCGAAAUAUGCCCCCGUCACUUCUUUUUGAUACUUUAAUGCAGUAAUAAAGUCGAUAAAAAUAUUUGAUAUCAAAUAAAUUGAUUUUAGGAAUGAUUUGAACAUAUAAAAAUCUUCAACGUACUUCUAACUUUGUGAUUCUUGUUAAAUUUGUUAAUAUUGUGACCGGUGAACCUUUUCUAGCCCGAAAUAUGCCCCUGUCACUUCUUUUUGAUACUUUAAUGCAGUAAUAAAGUCGAUAAAAAUAUAUGAUAUCAAAUAAAUUGAUUUUAGGAAUGAUUUGAACAUAUAAAAAUCUUCAACGUACUUCUAAUUUUGUUAUUGUGGUAAAAUUUGUUAAUAUUGUGAACGGUGAACCUUUUCUAAUCCGAAAUAUGCCCCUGUCACUUCUUUUUGAUACUUUAAUGCAGUAAUAAAGUCGAUAAAAAUAUUUGAUAUCAAAUAAAUUGAUUUUAGGAAUGAUUUGAACAUAUAAAAAUCUUCAACGUACUUCUAACUUUGUGAUUCUUGUUAAAUUUGUUAAUAUUGUGAACGGUGAACCUUUUCUAAUCCGAAAUAUGCCCCUGUCACUUCUUUUUGAUACUUUAAUGCAGUAAAAAGUCGAUAAAAAUAUUUGAUAUCAAAUAAAUUGAUUUUAGGAAUGAUUUGAACAUAUAAAAAUCUUUAACAUACUUCUAACUUUGUUAUUGUGGUAAAAUUUGUUAAUAUUGUGAACGGUGAACCUUUUCUAGCCCGAAAUAUGCCUCUGUCACUUCUUUUUGAUACUUUAAUGCAGUAAUAAAGACGAUAAAAAUAUUUGAUAUCAAAUAAAUUGAUUUUAGGAAUGAUUUGAACAUAUAAAAAUCUUCAACGUACUUCUAACUUUGUUAUUGUGGUAAAAUUUGUUAAUAUUGUGAACGGUGAACCUUUUCUAGCCCGAAAUAUGCCCCUGUCACUUCUUUUUGAUACUUUAAUGCAGUAAUAAAGUCGAUAAAAAUAUUUGAUAUCAAAUAAAUUGAUUUUAGGAAUGAUUUGAACAUAUAAAAAUCUUCAACGUACUUCUAACUUUGUUAUUGUGGUAAAAUUUGUUAAUAUUGUGAAUGGUGAACCUUUUCUAGCCCGAAAUAUGCCUCUGUCACUUCUUUUUGAUACUUUAAUGCAGUAAUAAAGUCGAUAAAAGUAUUUGAUAUCAAAUAAAUUGAUUUUAGGAAUGAUUUGAACAUAUAAAAAUCUUCAACGUACUUCUAACUUUGUUAUUGUGGUAAAAUUUGUUAAUAUUGUGAACGGUGAACCUUUUCUAGCCCGAAAUAUGCCCCUGUCACUUCUUUUUGAUACUUUAAUGCAGUAAUAAAGUCGAUAAAAAUAUUUGAUAUCAAAUAAAUUGAUUUUAGGAAUGAUUUGAACAUAUAAAAAUCUUCAAUGUACUUCUAACUUUGUGAUUCUUGUUAAAUUUGUUAAUAUUGUGAAGGGUGAACCUUUUCUAGCCCGAAAUAUGCCCCCGUCACUUCUUUUUGAUACUUUAAUGCAGUAAUAAAGUCGAUAAAAAUAUUUGAUAUCAAAUAAAUUGAUUUUAGGAAUGAUUUGAACAUAUAAAAGUCUUCAAUAUACUUCUAACUUUAUGAUUCUGGUUAAUCAUCAAUCGUGGAUCCUUCUUCGACAUUUUUAAUCACAAUCUGUCAACGUGGACUAUUCCGAAUAAUAAAAAUUUGUUUUCCAGACUAUAAUCUUCAUUUUUGUUUCAAUUUGGACCCAAAUUCCGAUAUUUUCUCAUCAAGUGCAUUCCAAUUUCUUCACGAAAGAAAAACUUUAAUUUUGAGAUUCUGGCUAAAUUAAUUAAUAUUGUGAAUGGUACAUUUUAACUAGUUCAUAAAGAAAUUAAUUUCGGGAAUGAUAGUCCACAUUACAUGAAUAAAGAAUUAAAAAAUCCACUUGAAUUUUGUGUAUUUGGUAAAUUUCAGUUGGAAAAUAGAUCAGAUACAAAGAAACAUAUUGCUACAUACUUAUUUGAGUAUACGGUAUUGAUUUAAUAUUAUUUAAACAUCAAUUAUUACAUUUAUGUUUUUUUUUUCAAAAUUAUUUGCCCUCUAUUUACUGUUUUCGAAAUAUGCCCUAUCAUAUCACCAUAUUUAUAACCCGAAGUAUAUACAUUGUCAGUCAUGUUUAAUUUUUCAUAUAUAAGCAGAUUUUUCUUUAAAUCUUUGUAUUUAUUCGAUAUUUAUGUUAGAUUUAUAAGAGUGAGUCAAAAAUAUAAUCAACGAAUGAUUCUUGUCGUAUAUGAAUAUCGAUUUGAUGGUGAUUCUUAUGAGAAAUCAUGGUUGAAUAUUUAUUUCGUUUUAUGUGAUGCUAAUUCUUUUAUUGAUUCUUAUCGGUUUUAGUGAUACCGUAUAACAAAAUCUAAAUUCCUGUGUUGCUUUAUAAAUUUGAUCCGGGGUUAAUUGUAACAUUUUUGAAAAUUUUACUACAACAAAUUUUCUUAUAAAAAGGUGACUUCUCUCCUGAAGUAACCAGUCGUAGAAACAAUCCUCUACUUAGGAGAAUUCUGCACCAUCUUUCGGGGGUUAUUCUUUUUUUUUUUUUCUUAAAGCCUCGACAUUGUCCCUUGCAACCCAUAUUCGGGAGCAAAGCCAAUUAUCCUUGUUUCACAGCUCUUGAAUGUCAAACACACAAAAAAACACUACUGUAAUAAAGAGGGGAUUGUACAUGCAAGACCCCACCUUUUCAGGAAGCUCCGGAGUAGAAUUGAACCGGAUUAUAAAGGGACUACUGUAUGUCUAACCCCUUUCAGUUUUCGUGGUCUUACUAACAUUUGGAGUUUAUUACAUUUUAAUAAAUUCUAAGAGCCAACUCUGUAUUUUGAAUCAAUGAAAGUAUUUAAUAUUUUAAUAACGGAUUUAUUUUUUUUGAAAAUCAAUAGAUUUGUAUACAAAAUCUUCAGUAUAGCCAUCAGAACAAUAAAUAGCAAAAAUUCAACCAAAUACAUUCGAAUUAACCACUUUAUCGAUUAUUUUUGACUGGCAUUGUAUGUGAUCUGAACUUUUUUUUGAACGAAAUCGACCUUUACAAUGUAUAUAUGCCAUGUACUAUGUAAAAAAGUGAAAAAAAUGUGAUAUUCAUAAUUAAGUGAAAUAAGUUUUUUCGUUAAUUUUUUUUUAUUUAAACAUGGGAAACGAAUGGGAUAUAUAUUUACUACUUUAUUUUUAUUACCAAAGUGUAUAUAAUUCUAAUGUAGAACCGUUUAGACAAAAUUUGAAUUAACUGCAGGAUUUUUCUGUCAAAUUUUCCUCGAUUCCUUUCACACUGUUCAAUUUGCCACUGUUUUAGAUUAUGUAUAUUGUCUCAUAUAACGUAUCCGUAUUUUAUCCCAGUCGUUUCUCACUUUGUAUAUAGACAAUUCUUCCAAAUUUUCUUUGUCCUCCUUCGGAAAGAACCUUUCGAUACCAGAAAUGGCCAAUAACUACAUUUGCAACAGAAUUGAUCCAAUAUUUUUCGCUUCCUUCAAUCGGAAACAAUCUUUCGAUAUCAGAAAUGACCAACAACUACAUUUGUAUCAGAACUGACAUACCAAAUGCAAUAAUUGUAUCUGAAGAAGGAUAAUAUGGUAACGAAACACCUGUAAGAUGUAGUGUAGGGGUAGUGUACAGUGUUUUAAUCUGAACUGAUUAACAGUUAAAGAUUUUUCGUCAUCUGGCAAUUUUCUUCCUAAAGACUGAUCAACUGGACCCUGUUAAAUAUCCGAUGAUGUCCUGAGAAUAGGAUUUUCUUGAUCUUUUCUUAUAUAAUUUUUUUUUACCUAAAUGUUGAUAAAAUCACUUGGAAUUAUCUAUUUUCCUUUCACUGAUUUAUCUGAUUAUCUUGAGCGUUUGUUUUCUUUUUUACCAUCCAAAGUGUCCUCAUUUUUCUUUUCAUUUUUUCCUGUUCACUAAUACAGUUUGUCCCAAAAGUAGUAAUUAUACUGCAAUACAAUUAUACAACCCUGAAGGUGUGCAAAAUGUCAAUUUAAACAUUGAUAUAUUUUUGCAACUUAUCCCAUACAGUAUCAUAUACAGUGUGAUACAAAAUCAAGGUACAACGAAUGUUCUUACAGGCAUUAUCGAUUUAAAUAUUAAACUGUUGUGUUGUGACUGAUUUUAUGGUAUAAAUAUUUUCCAUUGGAUUUAAAUGUGGAGAACGUAGUGGCCACUCGUUUCUUCAUGUAAUGAUCCAGGUUUUAAGCAAAAUUUGAUCAUGUUGAGACACUUCGAUCAGAACAUAACAGAUGUGCUAUCUGGAGGAUUCAAUUGCUGAGUCGAAAUGACAUGACCGUUCAGUACACAGUCACUUGAAAGCAGUUUAAUUAGUUUUGAAUGUAAAUCUUAUUGUGUCUCAAAUUUUCCGAUAUACUAAGCACUAGGUUUCAAGGAUAUCCAUGUCGAUGCGUGUAUUAGUGGAAAAUGUCUUUUUUGGGGUUUGUAGUUUCUAAUGAAAAUCAACAGAAAAGUUACUGCAGUGGAAUUGUGAAAAUUGUAUAUUUUUUUUCUAAAUAAAUUUUUUUUAUGAAAAAUUAGUUUUUCUAUUCCAGUGAUCUGUAUUCAAACAGGAAGUUGUCUAGACGUAACUUUAUUUUGAAUAAAAGUAGCAAUAACAUUUGUUAAGUCUGAUUAUACAGUUUGGUGAGCAGAUAUUUUUCGCAUCAUUGUUUAUUUAUUUUUUUUUUUUAUAUUUUAGACUUGGAGAUUCCGAUUGUUUUUACUUUUAUUUUGGGUAUUAAAACAUAUAUAGAAUUGACAGCACGUCAAAGAAGCAGCUAGGCUUGGAGUCGGAGCAAAUUUGAAAUGAUUCUAGCUCUACUCGAAGACAAUAUAUUUAGUCGUCAUCAAUUAACAGAGAUUCAAUUAUAUUUUGAAGACUUUGUACCAGUUUGGUAUGUUUGCUCCUCUAUCGGUGAGAUGUGGCUUGAAAUAUACUAUCGGAAUCAGAUCUGGUGAUUACGGUGUCUAUUUCGGUGGUAGUUUUAGCUAGAUAAACAUUUUGAAUUUGCUCCUUUUUAAAUUUGACGUACCUAUCGUGUUUAUUGUCAGUCUGUAUCGUAAUAUUUUUAUUCUCAGGACAAAAAAAUUGUCGACAAACUUAAUUUUUCUUUUUUUUUUGUUGUUGUUGUGUAUAUUUGUUAGUAGAUUUAAGUAUUUAUGUUAGAUUUAUAAUAGUCGUUAAGGUGUUGUCUAUAUUUGUCAAAUAUCUUAUUCAAAGUUUUACAUUUGUAAUAAUAUAGACAUGUAAGUCAUUUUAAGUACAAAUUAUUAAAAAAAAAAAUGUGUAAAAAAUUCUUUAAUAUAAAGUUUAAAUAUAACAAGCGCCAAGAUUUUAUUGUAAAUUCAUUAAACAUUAAUAAAAAUAAAUAUAUUUUGUAUCUUUGGCGCAAA